AUGACGGAUACGGUCAAGGAACGGACUUCCCUGGACCCUGGGAAAGCAGAGGAUGAGGCCGAUCCUUUGAUGGAUUCAGUGACUCGGAUCACCUCACUCUGUCCAAACUGCGAAGACGACGGGGAAACCAUUAUCAUGCUGCACAAAGUGCCGCAUUUUAAGGACCUCCUCAUUUCCUCCUUCAGCUGUCCCCACUGCAACUAUUCGAAUCGAGAGGUCCAAGCGGCAGGGAGUUUGGCCUCUCGUGGGGUGCACAUUUCCUGCAAGGUGGCAUCUUCUCUGGAUUUAAACCGUCAAGUUGUCCGCAGCGAGCACUGCACCAUGAAGAUACCAGAGAUAGAACUUGAAAUCCCAGCCUCUAGAGAGAGGGCAGAGUUGAACACUAUUGAGGGCUUUGCGGUAUCCUUCGCGGAAAACCUAAAGUGUGCUGCUCUGUAUCAAACCCAGAUCAACGAAACGCAGACAGCCGAACGCCUGACGCAGCUUGUGGAAAAGCUACGAGACAUGGCUGCAGGCAAGCAACCCUUUGUCUUGGAGCUUGACGAUCCCAGCGGAAACAGCUACGUAGAGAGCUUGGAUUACGCUUCUGAUAAGGCAGAGGAAUCAAGCCUCAAGCGGCCAGAUGCAGAGGUAAAAGCAGAUGCGCAGAGCACGCGGACAAGUGCAAAUAGUGAGAAUGUAGCAAACAAUCAACACCAAGGACAGGAAGCAGAGCACCAACAGGCCGUAAAACCGAGCGAUAACGGCCUUACUGUAAGGUAUUACGAGCGCACCAAAGAACAGCUUCACGCAAUGGGAUACUUUGAAACACAAGAAGAGCCUGAGGAAAGCAAAACAGAAGAAAAGGCUCCCUCCGGGGCCGAGUUCGCAGAGGAUGCUCUGAAAGAUGAGGCGUUGCUCCUACCCGUGGAGUGCCCGCAUUGUGGAACCAGUACAGCCAACAAAGUAUGCCAAGUAGACAUACCAGGGUUUAGACAGUGCCUCAUCUUUGCGUUUUCUUGCCCCAAUUGCGGAGCCAAGAACUCGGAAAUCAAGGCUGCGGGGGCCUACGGCUUGGCAGCUAGAAGGUGGAUCCUUACGGUUUCGGACAGCGGUGACUUGAACCGAGACGUCUUAAAGGGAGAUACUGCAAGCGUUGAGAUUCCAUCCCUUGACUUUUCGAUGGAGGGAGGUGCAGAGGCGGGAACUCUGACGACAAUUGAGGGCUUGAUCAAGUCCCUUAGAGAGGGCGUAUCUGAGAGCGCGCCCUUUGCAGUGGGAGAUUCUGCUGCUGAUGCUUCCAGGAAGCGAAUGGCUUACGUUUGCGAACAGCUGGGUCAAAUGCAGGAGGGCCUACCCUCAGUCCUUCCCUUUAAGCUGAUUAUUAACGACCCAGCAGAUAUGUCAUUCGUGGCCCUGAGGAACAAAGAGGCAGAAGCACAGAAGGCUCCCCCUUUACAAAUCGAUGCUUCUACCCACGUAGAUGGGGAUGCAGCCAAGGCCCUUGCAGCAGCAGCAGCAGCAGCAGCGAAGGUCCCUGGUGCCGCCAUCACUGAGGCAGAACUGGAGAAGAAGCUUGAAGAAGCCAAGCCUGGUGAAGUUCUGUGGAGCUCUGACCUAGACAAAACUUUGAGGGUGGAGGUAUACAAGAGAACGGUCGAACAAGACGACGCUUUGGGCCUGCUCGAUAUGAAGACCUAA